UCCUUGCGAGACAAUAGCAUUGGACAGGAAUUCACCCAUUGCCAGUCACUCUCGAUCGAUCUUGCGACGAUAUGUCUUCAAAUAGCAGGACGUCCGAGUCUGUGAGUCCCAGUGCGGAUGAGGCGAAUAUCUGGCAGACCGAGAGCGAGGAUGCGAACGAUGACGACAUGGAUUAUGAGUUGGCGAGCGAUACCAUCGUCGAAGAAGAAACCGAGGAGACCGAUGAAGACGAAGACGAAGAAGAUCAAGAUCCAAAUGAAGUUACGCUCUAUUAUGACGCCGAAGAGGGAGUGCUGAGAACGGGGAACGGUGCGGAAGUUCGCCUCGACUCAGGAACGCAAGACGUCACGAAUGCCGACGGAAACACCGAGGGCGGCAAUCAGAUACCUCAACCUCAGACUCAAACUCAAGCAAACCCUACUCAAAGAAUCGGAAUCACCCCGCAACAGCUCCUCCGGUUCCUGCAACAACAAUAUGGCAUACAGGUCAGAGGAAAUGGCCGCGGUGCGGAUGAUGAUGAUGACGAAGAAGGCUUCAGCCACAUCUACGGCGGCCGGCGGCCACGUCCCCGGAGAACGAGUUUCCAUGGCGAUCGUUAUCCCCCGAUUCCGUCAGAGACUGGCCGAAAGCUCAUGGGCACUGGUAAUUUCGGCACCAAUGAUCAUUGUCAGCGUACGGCAUGCGGUUACCAAUACACAGAUGACACAUUGCGAAAACGGAAACGACUGGCCCGAAGGGUAUUCGAUCGAGAGAUGGGGAUUGAAAAUCGAGGUCGACUACGAGCCCUCAACGGACUGAUGACGCAGGAUAUGAUUCCAAGAACCAAAGCCGAUCUCAUUGUGCAUUUCCCUGCCAGAUGUUUCUCGGGACAAUUCAGUGAGGACGGCUCGUUCUUUUUCGCAUGUGGACAAGAUUUCAAGGUUCGGAUGUAUGACACAUCGAACCCGUAUGAUUGGAAAUACUACAAGACCGUCACCUACCCGGGUGGAUCGUGGACUAUUACGGACGCUUCUCUAUCACCUGACAACAAGCUGUUAGCAUACAGCAGUAUCCGGAAUCAGGUCUGUCUCGCCAACACUGAGCAGGGCGAUACUUCAGAUCCGCAGUACCUCGAUUUCAGAGACACCUCGCGACGAGGCGCUUCUCUGCGCAAUCAUUCACAUUUUGGCAUUUGGAGUUUGCGAUUUAGUGGUGAUGGUAGUGAGAUAGUUGCAGGGACUAGCGACGAUAGCGUGUACGUGUACGAUCUCGAAUCACGCAAGACCAUCUUGAGGAUCCCUGGCCACGACCAAGACGUCAAUGCGGUCUGCUUCGGUGACAGAAUGAGUCCUCAUAUUCUAUAUUCGGGUUCGGACGACACUACGCUCAAAGUCUGGGAUCGACGAUCACUUGCGUCAAUGCGACCUGCUGGAAUGUUCCUCGGCCACACCGAAGGUUUGACGUACAUCGACAGUAAGGGCGACGGUAGAUAUGUCAUCAGUAAUGGAAAGGACCAGACGUGCAAGCUGUGGGAUCUACGCAAGAUGAUCAGCACAGACGAGGGAGAACGGAUCUACACAGACAGACCACCAGCCGAGUUCGACUACAGAUAUCCUCCCUACGACACGGAAAACCACAUUCCCCACCCCAACGAUUGCUCCCUCGUGACUUUCCGCGGUCACGCUGUCCUCAGCACGCUCAUCCGCUGCCACUUCUCCCCCGCCGGCUCCACUGGCGCCCGCUACAUCUACACCGGCAGCCAAGACGGCAAAGUGUACAUCUACAACCUCGACGGCACACAGGCGGGAAGCCCCAUCGACGUCCUCUCCGCAACCCGGAACUCCCGCCCUGUCGAAUCCUCCGGUUACGGCAGCUACGGCUACAGCGACCGCAGUUCCUGGGACACCAUCGUCCGCGACUGCUCCUGGCACCCCUCAGCCCCGCUCAUCGCGGCCACAUCUUGGAACGGCUGGGGCCACGAGUACGGAACUUGCACAGUGCACACAUGGAACGACGAUGUGGACGAGGAUGAAUUGGGCGACGUCUCGGAUCCGAAGCAUGCGGACGGUACCACGUUCCAGGCUGCGCCCAGCCUCGGCGCGAGUCCGAGCGGCGCGAGAGUCACGCCGCAAUUGCAGUUUCAUCAGAACUUUUAUCGCACGCGACGGCCUACUGCCGAGGCGACGACGGGCCUGGGACGAUUGACGUCGUUGUUUGCGAGGAGGCGCGCGGCGGAGCAGCAGGAAGAAGAGGAAGUGGAAGACGAUGGCGAUGAGGAUUACGUAGAUGAAGAUGACAUUGAGUGAUUGGAAUGCUUGUGUGAAUGAGCGAGACCUGCGGACUACGGAGAUGGCUCUUUUUAUGUAGAUCUUUGUACGUUAUACAUGAAUCGGGAUGGGAAUCAGUGGGGUUUUACUGCCCGACUGUGAUGAAGCAGCUGAUGGACUCUCAUGAUACCGCGAUCGAGAAGUGUCCAUGUCUUCCGGGGUUAGAAUAAAUUCUAGCCGGAUCUCCUUGAUCGAUGACAAAGAGAUACUGCCUUCGCAAACUCCAUACCUUCCGCAAACUAUCAUCUCAAGUGCUUUUGAAUCCGGCCAGUCAGCCAGGGGUCUUCUCCUAGCGAGUGCGCGCAUGAUACCGCAGCCGAUAAACCACGCGCCCUCUCUCCACCGCAUCAUUCUCCUCCGUAACCACCCCUGAAGCAAUGCCUC